GCUGUGUCCCACACAGUGAGCGUCGUGGGGGUGCGCCCCAGAGAGAGCGCCCUGGGCUGCCCACUCGCUUUCUGCCCCACAAAGCCAACCGCCAGCCAACCUUCCCCCGUGGCCGCACCUUCCUGGACACCCGAUCCCCUGCACGCUGCACCUGCCUCCAGGUGGCCCAGGCGGGAGCUCGGGCGCACCUGGAAGACAGGGCCGCAACUCCCUGUGGGGGCCUGUAUGGGGCUGCGUGCUCUGCGAUGAAGUGGGGCCGCCCUGUGACUUUGCCCGGCUGAGGGGCGCCCCGUUACUGCUGCUCUCUCCCAGACAUGGAUCAGAAACUCUCCAGGUUGGUGGAAGAGCUCACGACUUCAGGGGAGCCCCAGCUGGACCCCGAGAAGAUGAAGGAACUGAAGAAGAUUUGCAAGUCUUCCGAGGAGCAGCUCAGCCGCACCUACCACCUGCUGCGGGCCCAGCUGGGCCGGGAGCACGCCCAGGUCCGCCUCUCCGCCUUCCAGGUGCUGGAGCAGCUCUUCUCCAGGUCGCACCACUUCAGGGUGCUAGUGGUGUCCGGCUUCCAGGAGCUCCUGGAGCUCACGCUGGGCACUGAGCACGAGCAGCCCCUGCCACCCCCGCGGGAAGCAGCCCAGCGGCUGAGGCAGGCUGCCCUGCAGGCCAUCAGAGGCUGGGCCCAGAAGUACGGAGCCGCCUACAAGAAGCUGGCCUUGGGCGUCCACUUCCUGCAGCACAGCAAGCAGGUGGACUUUCAGGAUGUCAGCGCCAGGACCCCGGCAGGCCGGCGGCGUGAGGAGGAGAAGCGGAAGCGCCUGGACAGGAUCUAUGGGCGGCGGGCUGAGCAGGCCGCCAGGGAGAUGGAGGAGGCGUCCGAGGAGAUCCAGCGCUGCCUCACUGAGCUGGACAGCUGCUUCGACCUGCUGGUGCCCUUCUACCCGGCGCCCGGCGUGCCCGAGGGGGGCGCCCCAGACCUCAGGGGUGAGGAGCAGCCCUGCUGCAGCAAGUCCCUGCCGGCCUGGGCCCCUGCGGGGGAGAUGGCAGGAGAGGAGCAGGAGGAGCAGGAGGAGCAGCAGGAGCACGGCGAGCAGGACGGGUUCAUGCGCUGCCAUGGGCUGGGCUCCCGCCAGUACACGCUGUGCCUGGAUCUCUCCGCAGACAGCCUGUGGGUGCGGGAAGACGAGGACAAUGCCGCCAUCCUGCACUCCGCACGCGACGCGCUCAAGCUCAUCCAGGACAAGUUCCUGCCGGCUGUGCGCUCCUGGGUCCAGCUGUUCACCCGCGCAGGGGCACAGGGGGGCUCCUUGGAGGGCGCUGUGCGCCUGAAGGCAGAGCUGGAGCGCGCGCUGAGGAGGGGCAAGGAGCUGGCCAUCGGGCCGCGGGGGGCGCGCAGCCCGGAGCCGGCAGCCCCGGGGGACGAGGACGAGGAGGAGGACGACUUUGUGGAGGUGCCGGAGAAGGAGGGCUACGAGGCCUGCGUCCUGGAGCCCCUGCGGCCCCAGUCCGGGCUGGAGCCGGGCCCGGCCCCGCAGGGCUCCCCGGUGCGGAGAGACGGGGAGUCGUCCGACCCUGCCUCUGCUGAGGCCCAGCUGCCCCUGCCCCCCAGGGUGCCCGUGGGCCAGGAGGAAGCUGAGCGGCUGGCGGAAGAGCGGGCACGGGCGCCCGUGGUGCCCUUCGGGCUGGACCUGUGCUACUGGGGCCAGGAGCCGCCCGCCGGGGAGAUGGUCAAGUCCGAAUCUCAGCACCGCUUCUGGAGGCCCAGCGAGGUGGACACGGAGGUGGACGGCGUCUGCGCGUCGGAGCCAUGGAGCCGCCGCAUCCCCUUCCCGGGGACCUUCGAGCCCGUGCAGCACCGCUGUGGCGCCCUGAGGCCCGACGGCCGGCUGUGUCCCCGCCAGGACCGGCUGAAGUGCCCCUUCCACGGGAAGAUCGUGCCCAGAGACGAGGCCGGGCAUCCCCUCCACGCGGAGGACAGGGCCCGGGAGCAGCAGCGGCAGCGGCAGAGCCCCGCGGGGCAGCCCGACUGGAAGGACCCCGAGCUGAUGAGAGACGUGGAGGCGGCCACGGGAGUGGACCUGGGCUCCUCCCGGUGCAGCCGAGGCCGAGGCCAGAGGCGGCGGCACCCGGGCCUCGUGGACCUGAGGCGGCAGGCCGACACCGCCCGCGCGCGCAUCGCCAAGAAGAUCUUCGCCAAGGCGGCCGUGCGGAGGGCAGCCAGGGCCAUGAGCCGGGUGGACCAGAAGAGGCACGAGAAGUUCGCCCACCAGUUCAACUACGCGCUGAGCUAGGGGGACGGUGCCAUG